AGUGCAGCCGCGGUUUGUCCCACGCAGGACCCCAGAUGGCUAGCUAACCCUGAGACCCCGACCCACCCAGCAGAUUCCGCUACGUGAUCUGGGAACUGCCAACAGACCCCAGACCCACCGGCUCUUUUGGCGUGAGGGAUCCGCUCCCUGGCUGGCUCAGACCCGCCCGCCAUGGCCCGGCUCCGGACAGUCACGGUCACCCUCGGUUGCAUCAGCCUCCUCUACCUGCUCCCAGGCACGCUGUCUGGUGGCCUGAGGCUCGCCCGACCCAAGGAGCCCACAGCCCGGACUUCUUCCAGUGGCCUGCAGCCUCCUCAUCUUGCACCCUGGCCUGUAGUCUGGAAGCUUCACCAGGCACCACAGCCACAGGGGAGGGCCAAGCUGACCUCUGCUGUGGGUCAGCCUUUCCAACAUGGUGGCUCACGACACCCAAGUCCCCGGCGACAGUUGGGCCCCCGAAGGCCCCAAGCCCAGCUUCUUCGGGUAGGCUGUGUGCUGGGCACCUGCCAAGUGCAGAACCUAAGCCACCGCCUGUGGCAGCUUGUCCGGCCAUCUGGCAGGCGAGACUCAGCUCCUGUGGACCCUAGCAGCCCCCACAGUUAUGGCUGAGGUGGUUUCUGGCUUCUUCUAGCUAGAGGGCUGUACCCUGAUCCCAAAGCCACAGCUGAGUCCCCAACCUUGGCCCAAUCCCUCUGAAAUCCUGCAGGCAUCAGAUCUGCAGCAACUACGCCUACACAACUUUGGAUAUGUAAACCUAUGAGGAUUUGUGAAUCUACUCCACAGCAUCUGCUUCACCAGGGGCCUGUGUGCCCCAGAACGAUGUACACUCAGGGGACAGGCACUGGGCAGAGGUGGCUGGCAGCAUUAGAUCCAAAAAGGGCUUGAGAGUAGGAGUUGGCCCAAGGAAGUGGAGCAGAAGCCAGGGUCUUAAACACACAAGACCACCUCUGAGCAAGCAGGAGAGAGAGGCUGAAGUGGCCCCAUGUGGUCCCCUCUCCUACAGGGAAUUAAAAUGUGGCUAUGGGCCAAAGCUGUGGUUGCUCUCCUGUGCAGUUUGCCCUGUGCAUGUGCCUGA